GAGUCGGAUAUCUAUACCGCAAGUUUUGUUGCGUACCUGAUUACAGCCGGGUGUGAUUUUUGGUUCAAGUGUUUAUGGCGAGUUCUAUGAAUUGAUGCCAAGUCCUAUCUCCAUGAGAGCUGUGUUAGAAAUGUUCAGGCUAUGGCCAUUUAGUUUAGUUUAACCCAGGGAGGCGAGUUAUUAGGUAUUACUCAAAGUGACAAAUUCCAUCAUGUCGGAUGUGGAGGAACUCAAGCGGAUGGUGAUGACAUUUCGCGUGUCUGAGCUGGUGAUGCUCCUCGGCUACGCCGGCCGCAACAAGACAGGACGCAAGCAGGAGCUGCAGGCGCGUGCGCUCGAGCUGGCCAAGUCGCGCGUCGUCUCCGUCGUCAACAAGAUCCGCGAGCUGUACAAAACCAUCCAGUCGCAGGCGGGCCUGGUGCAGCCCAACAUGAACCCGGCUGGCGGCGGCGGCGCCGCUGAGCGCGCCCCAUACACCAGCGGCUACACACAGGCCAUGCUCCAGGGCCGCAGCUCCUUCACGCCCAUGUACAUGUCCGAGUACCCCAGCAAGCCGGCGGCGACGCCAGCCGGCUCCAAGGUGCCGACGCACCCGGACGUGGUGCUGAAGACGCUGCCCUUCUUCGACGUCAUGAGCCAGCUGAUGAAGCCCACCAGUCUCGCCGCGUCGCCUGUGCCCGGCAAAGGCUACAACGACGGCACGUUCGGGUUCCACCUGACGCCGCAGCAGGCCGACGAGAUUGCGUCCAACCACGACGGCCGCAUCGGCACCAAGCUCGAGUACCCCGUCCAGAUCCAGAUGCGGCUGUGCAUGCUGGAGACGUCGUGUCCGCAGGAGGACCACUUCCCGCCCAACAUCUCUGUCCGCGUCAACAACAAGACCUGCCAGCUGCCGAACCCGGUGAUGAGCACCAAGCCGGGGGUGGAGCCGCGCCGGCCGCCCAAGCCGGUCAACAUCACGCCGCUGUGCCGCAUCUCGCCGGUGCAGCCCAACACGGUGCAGAUCUCGUGGGGCGUCGAGCUGGGCCGCGCCUACUGCGUCACCAUCUGCCUGGUGCGCCGGCUCAGCUCGCACGACCUGCUCACGAGACUGCGCACGCGCGGCGCCAAGAACGCCGACUUUACGCGCGGACUCAUCAAGGAGAAGCUGUGCGAGGGCUUCGAGGACGAGAUCGCCACCACUUCGCUGAAGUGCAGCCUGCAGUGUCCGCUGGGCAAGUGUCGGAUGCAGCUGCCGUGUCGGGCCACCACCUGCCAACACCUGCAGUGCUUCGACGCGUCGCUGUACAUCCAGAUGAACGAGCGGAAGCCCACCUGGGUGUGUCCCGUGUGUGACAAGCCGGCACUGUACUCCAGCCUCGUCAUUGACGGGUACUUCGCCGAGGUGCUGAAGAAGACGAGCGGCUCGUGUAUGGACGUGACGCUGCACCAGGACGGCUCGUGGCGCGAGCUCACCAAAGAGGUCAAGGAGAAAAAGCCCAAGGAGGAGGAGACGGCGGUCAAGGUGCAGACGCUGGAGGAUGACUCCGGAUCCGACGAGGUGAAGGUGACGGAGGAGAAGGAGGGCUCCCCGGAGAAGAAGAAGAAGGAGCCGAUGUGCGUCGACCUGACGCUGUCGGACAGCGACGACGAGGCGCCGCCGCCGCCCAAGAAGCGACUGGUGGCCGCCGCCGCAGCCGAAGGCAAAUGGCAGUCGACGCCCGUUGGCGACACAAAGAUCAAGCUGUCCUUCUCCGGGAGCAAGCCGACCUCGUCGCCGGAAGUGUCGACAUCUGUCGGCGCGUCCAGCAGCCUGGCGGCGCUGCGCAGCAUGUCCAUGUCGCCGGGGGCGCCGCCGCCCUUCUACCAGGCCCGGUCACCGACCUCCACCGGUCUUCCCUUCAUGGACGCCUGGACGCCGUUCAUCCCGCCGCCGCUGCCGCGUGAGCGCGUCGGCGGUGUGCUCGGACGUGAGUGCGUGCGCACGCUGUGGACCGUCUCAGGCGCGGCCGUGACCAGGGCCUGA